AUGGUGUCCACGAGGAUAUCGAACAUCGGGACUAGUCUCACGUAUGUCAAGGGGCGGCACAUUGCGGUGUCGGAGUCCCUCGGGCUCGAGAUCUCGGAGGUGCUGGAGUGGUCGCGCUGGACGCCUGGGGCAGAGCACGUCAAGUCCAUCACGCUCAAGAACGUCUCCUUCGACGUCAUCAAGAUCAAGUACGGCCUGCCGUCCACGCGGUACUUCCAGAUGGACUUCCCAGAGCCCGUGAGGCUCUCCCCGGGAAUGACGGCAACCAUCCCGGUCAUCUUCUGCCCGACCAAGCUCGUGCCCUACUCGGACGCGGUCCAGUUCAACACCACGAACGGCUCCUUCGCGAUCCAGCUCGAGGGCACGCUCCCGGAAAUGGACCUCCAGAUGCCCAGCGAGCUCGACUUCGGGUACACGCCCUGUCUGGAGCCCAGCCGGAGGCACCUACGCGUCCGCAACGUCGGCCGCGCGCCCGUCAGCAUACAGUGGAAGGUCCCCGAGCCGUUCCAGAUCGAGCCCGCCGAGGGCAACAUACAGCCGGACCGCGAGCUCGUCUUCAACGUGGUCUUCGAGCCCCCGGACAGCAGCGUGUUCAGCGCGGCGGCGGUGUGCAUGAUCCGCGGCGGACCUUCUAUGGUCACUCGGCUCGCCGGGAUUGGGAAAUACCCCUAUCUCCGCCUCGAGCGCUCAGUCCUGGACUUCAGAGAGGUGCCCCCGGGCACCGCCGCCGCCGCGGACCUCCACCUCGUCAACGCCUCCGUCGUCCCCGCGCGCUUCGCGAUCUCCGAGGCCGUCGGCGUCCCCGGGCAGCCCCAGUUCGAGGUCGCGCCGGACGAGGGCGUCGUGCCCGCGGGCGGCAGGCUGCCGCUGACCGUGAGCUUCCGGCCGACGUUCACGACGGAGCAGAAGGUGUCGGCGACGUUCCACGUGCAAGCGCAGGGCGGCAACCGCGUCGAGCUGCAGCUCCGCGGCGCUGCCGUGGGGCCGAAGGUGGCGGUGAACACCAGCUGCCUCAACUUCGGCGACGUGGCCGCGGGGCGGCGCGCGCGGCGCGCCUUCAUGCUGCAGAACCUCUCGAAGGUCCCCGUGACGUUCCAGGUCGGCGCGGACCCGCGCGGGCUGUUCCAGCUCGACACCCCGGGGGGGGUGUUGGGCCCCAAGGCCUCCCUGCUCAUCAACGUGGCCUUCUGCCCGAAACACCCCUCCCAGUACUGGCGCCGGCUGCCCGUGCUCGUGCGCGACCUCGUCGACCCCGUCUCGAUCGACCUCAUCGGCACGUGCCACAACGACACGUGGCACCCGGAUCCGAUCUCGGAGUGGCACGUGGACCUCGCGCUGGGGCGGAUCGCGGGCCCCCCGCGCGAGAUCUUCGUCGCGUCGGACAUGCCGAAGGUCUUCACGGAGGCCUCCGGCGCGUUCUCGCCGCGCCGGAGCGGCGGGACGGACGGCGGCGGCAGCGUGGCGGCGCCGCUGGUGGUCCGCGACGCGUGGUCGUCGUACUUCCGGACGAGCGUCGAGGCGGACAACGGCGCGAUGCGCGUCGACACGUCGGUGGUCGACUUCGGGGCGUCCUCGCGGCUCCGCGCGGCUCCGCAGCGCGUCGUCACCGUGACCAACACCGCCGCUCAGAAGCUCGCCGUGUGCUGGCACUGCCCCGCGGGCGCCGAGGAGCGCGCGCCGGACGCGCCGCCGAACCCGAAGGCGCUCAUCGCCGGCGGCGGCGCGCCGCCGGGGCCGUUCCAGGUGUUCCCAGAGGCCGCCGACAUCCCCCCGGGGGGCUCCGUGCAGUUCCGCGUGCAGUUCCGGCCGCAGCGCGACGCGGCGUACUACGCGUCGACGCUCGAGUGCUACUGCCAGGUGAAGCAGGCGCUCGUGUCCUCGCUCGUCACGGGCACCGCGCAGCCGGGCCAGUCGCUGUCCCUCGCGAUGAUCCCGCCCCCCGGCGUGCUCACGGUGCGCGCCGUCGGGCACACGUUCGGGCAGGGCCGCCAGGAGAGCCUCCCGAUGAUCUCCGUCGGGAGCCCCGCGCGCGUGGACUUCCCCGCCGUAUACAUGGGCGCGGUGGCGCACCAGGUGUUCCCGAUCACCAACUCGGGCAAGACGGCCGUGUCGUACACGGUCGCGGUGGACCGCGUGUCGGCGUCCGCGGGCGUCUUCGCGGUCACGCCGGAGCACGGCGUCGCGGACCCUGACUCAACGACGCUUGUCGCGGUCCGGUUCCACGCGAAGGACGCGCGCGCGUACGCGGGCAAGGUGACGGUGACGUUCAACGGGAACAAGGACGCGGCGCAGACGGUCGCGCUCGCCGGCGCGGGGUACCGCCCCGUGCUGCAGAUGGGGGAGGGCGGCGCGGUCUACCUCAAGCCGACGUGCGCGGGCGCGGUGAGCCACACGCGGAUGACGCUGCGCAACCCGUCGCAGGUGCCCGUGGCGUACGCGUUCCAGGUCCCGGACGCGGCGCGCGGGCUGGUCGCGGUCGACGAGGAGACCGGGAUGGUGCCGCCGGGGCAGGCCGUGGCGGUGACGUGGACGUUCGCGCCGCGCCGCGCGCGCACGUACGCGCUGCAGGUGCCGUGCCUGCUCACCGCGCCGCACGGCGCCGUCGAUGCGGAGACGGGCGCGCCGCUGGAGGAGUCGCAGGUGCUGAGCCUCGUAGGGGAGGCGACGAGCGGCGGCGUGCAGGCCACGCCGGACAGGCUCGACCUCGGCGUCGUGCGCAUCGGGCACCACGCGCAGGGCGGCGUGUCGCUGUACAACGCGUCCCCGGGCGUGCUGCAGUACAUGCUACGGUGCUCGCGCGUCCUCCCGGACGGCUCCGAGGAGCCCGCGCCGCCCGAGGAGCUCAUCCCCUCCGAGGUCGAGGGCUCGCUUCCCGGGCGCGUCGCGAAGACCGUCAUCUUCACGCUCGGCCCGCGCGCGCGCGAAAUGUACACGUACCGCGUGCGGUGCUACACGUCGACGGGCGCCGCGCCGGGCGGCGGCAAGCACGCCGCGGGCAAGCACGCCGAGCCCGCGACCGUCUUCGAGGUCCUCGCGGAGGGCCAGCACCCGAUGCUCCAGGUGCAGGACAUUCUGGCGUCGCCGCUGCAGAAGUCGGCCGCGUGGGACCUCGCCGAGGUGCAGCUCAUCAACCAGCACCUCGCGCUCCCGCUCACGCCGGAGGAGCUCGCGAUGGUGGAGUCGCUCGCCAUGGGGCACGCGACGGUGCAGGACGUGCUCGGCGCGGUGGCGCCCAUCCCAGUCGGGCUGCCGGCGGGCCGCGCGGGCGGGCCGGCGUCGGUGGUGCGGCUGCUGCUCGGGAACACGAGCGACCUGCCCGUCGAGUGGAGCGCGAGCCUCCCGAACGAGACCGACAUCGAUAUGGAGCACUGGGUGCAGCCGCGCUACCCUCCCGACGAGCUCCAGGCCAUGGAGCACCUCUUCGCGCUGUCGCCGCGGAACGGCAAGAUCGCGCCCGGCGCGACGCAGGAGCUGACCGUGCGCUUCGAGCACGAGGCCGCGGGCCUGCGGCGGUUCCCGGUCCUGCUGACGGUGGCCAACGGCAAGUGCGUGCGGCUCGACUUGAUGGGCCGGACGCUCCCGGCGGGCGAGAAGACGCUCGCGCUGGGCGGCGAGAUGCGCCACGAGCUGCAGCCCGUCGAGCUCGGCUGCGGCGCGCCGCCGGCGCAGGCCACGAUCCUUUACAACGAGGGCGUGGAGGCGGUGACGUACGAGAUCGACACGACGCCGCUCGCGCAGCUCGCGGCGGAGAACCACAAGUUCCCCGUCCUGGAGCUGCUCUCGCCGGCGGCCGGCGCGCUCCCCGCGGGCGGCCACGCGGUCCUGUGGUGGAGCUUUACGCCGAUCGAGGAGGGGACGUACGUCAGCGAGCUGCCGGUGCGCGUCGAGGGCGGGGAGGACGCGCUGAUCGUGGUGACGGGGAGCGGCGUGCUGCCGGCCGCGCCGCGGCCCCCGAUCGACGAGGUGCUGGAGCCGGCGCGCGACCUCGUGACGGCGCUGCGCCCGGACGUCGUGGCGGAGGUGGCGCCGGACGCGGUGGGGUUCCCGGCGGCGGGGCCGCCGGAGCUGAGCGACCCGAGUCUCGCGCGGAUCGGCGGCGGCGCGGACGCCGCGGGCGCGGGCGCGCGGGCGAGCUACGGCGGCGUGAUGGGGCGCGGAGAGAAGCAGCCGUUGCCGGCGCGCGUCGAGGCGGUGACGGCGCUCGUGGAGUUCUCGCGGAUCACGGCGCCCGGGCAGAUGCUCGCGGUCAGCCAGGACGUGAUCACGUCCGGGCCGCUCGCGAUCGGCGGCGUGCAGACCAGUAUCCUGGUGUUGCACAACGUCUCCGACGUGCAUGUCCGGUACGCGUGGACGCUCGGGGACUACGCGGCGUCCGCGGCCGCGAAGGGGCGCGACGCGCUGUCCAAGCGCGCGAGCAGCGUGGACGCGCUGUCGGACCGCGGGGGGGAGGAGUUUUCCCUCUUCGACGGGGGAGUCGAGGUGGAGCCCCGCGGGGGCACGCUCAAGCCCGGCGAGCGCUGCCUGUGCCGCGUCAAGGUUACGGCCGGCGCGCGCGCGCUCGUGUUCGACGGCUACAUGAAGCUCGUCACCAAGAAGGAGCCGCACUUCACAAAGCAAAACGCCCCCGGUGCGCCGCGGCUCGACCACUCCCUCGCGCUCAGCAACACGGCCAACCUGAGCCCGCGGCAGAAGAGGACGCUCCUGCGCGGCCCGCCCAAGUCCGGCGUGCUCCCGCUCGACGUGAAGCUUGCCGGCGAGCCCGACGGCGGCGGCGGCGCCGCGGCCGCCCAGGCCGGGAGGGCCGGCGGCGACGACGAGGACGAGGAGGGCCAGACGCUGCGUGUGCGGCUGCGGGGCACGGUGGACGCGACGCUGCCGCUGGCGCGCAACGUGGAGAGGGAGUGGCAGCUGAUCGCGGGGUCCUAUGAGCGGGGUGCUGCCGCCGGGGGGGGUCUCGACGUCGGCGCGGGCGUGUCGGCGGACGAGCUGGCCGCGGCAGUGCGCGCGGUGCUGUCGGACGCGCUCGCGGACCUCGCGCUGGACCCGGAGGUGUAUUGCAAGGCGCUGACGCAGCCCGAGGGGGGGGAGUCUGGGGAGGAGGAGGAGGCGGCGGGCGACCGGGCGCGCGCGGCCGCGGAGAAGCAGGCGCUGCUGCUGGAGGCGGAGCACUUUGCCGCGGGCGUGCUGGAGGGCGCGGUGGCGUCCCUGCUCAUCGAGAGCGUCAUUGGGGCCUUCCCGGCCGGCACGGGGAGCGCACGGGCGCCGUAG